CAGUGGUCCUGGAAGGUGAUUUCUUGCCCGCGCUGCUGCUAUUGAGUAUUCCUGUUAUUAAUUCUAUUAAUAACAAGAAGUCUUCGGGGAUGAUUCCGGUUUCUCCGCUGAUGCAGUAAGCCAGAUCAAGCCGAACUGAAAAAGUAAAAGAACAGGUUUAUUUUGAGCAAAGCAACUCACAGAGAUCAGUGUCCUUCAUGGAUGUGACUAUAGAUUUCAGCAGGGAAGAGUGGCAGCACCUAGACCCUGAUCAAAGAAGUCUCUACCAGGAUGUGAUGCAGGAGACCUACAGUCACCUGCGCUCAGUAGAAGAAUUGCAGCAGAUUGGUGACCAGAAAGAGACCUAUCAGCAAAUAGCAAAUAGCAAAUCAGCAAGUGAUGUUAUUUUCAUCAAGAAGACACUGGAUACAAAGAGUCAUUAUGGAUAUAAGACCAUUAGAAAAAUAAUUCAUGUGAAUCCAUACAUUGUUCUUCCUCCUAAAAGACCCCACCAGUGUGACUCAUUUGGGAAUGAUCUGAAGCAUAAUUUAUAUUUACAGAGUCAUAAUGAAAAUGAUGGGCCAAAGAGAAUUAAAAGGAUUCCUGAAUGCAGUAAAAUUUCAUCCUAUAACAAUGCUGAGCAUACUGUAACAGGAGAGAAAUUAUGGGACCAUAAUCAGUGUGGAAAAGUCAUCAAUUAUGAACAAGUACCUUGUCAAUAUCCAAAAAUUUAUAUUGGAGAGAAAUCAUAUGAAUGUGCUGAAUUUGGAAAGAUCUUCACCCAGAAGUCACAGUUCAAAAUACAUAUGAAAUCUCAAACAGGAGAAAAACUCUAUGUAUGUGUUGAAUGUGGGAAGGCAUUUUCAGAGAAGGCAGAAUUCAUUACACAUCAGAAAACCCAUACUAGAGAGAAGCCCUAUAAAUGCAAUGACUGUGGAAAAUCCUUUUUCCAAGUAUCUUCUCUCUUCAGACAUCAGAGGAUUCACACUGGAGAAAAGCUCUAUGAAUGCAGCGAGUGUGGGAAAGGCUUCUCAUAUAACUCAGACCUCAGUAUACAUCAGAAAAUUCAUACAGGAGAGAGACAUCAUGAAUGCAUUGACUGUGGCAAAGCAUUCACACAAAAGUCCACACUCAAGAUGCACCAGAAAAUCCAUACAGGAGAAAGGUCCUAUAUAUGUAUUGAAUGUGGACAAGCUUUUAUCCAGAAGACACACUUGGUUGCACACCGAAGAAUUCACACUGGAGAAAAGCCAUAUGGAUGCAAUAUCUGUGGGAAAUCCUUCAUUUCCAAGUCACAACUGCAGGUCCAUCAACGAAUUCACACAAGAAUGGGGCCCUGUAUAUCUGCUGAAUAUGGGAAAAUCUUCAGCAGUAGUUCCAACCUCAUUACACAUAAAAAAAUUCAAAUUAGAGAGAAAUCUUCCAUCUGCACUGAAUGUGGGAAGGCCUUUACUUAUAAGUCUGAAUUAAUCAUUCAUCAGAGAAUUCACACUGGAGAGAAACCUUAUCAGUGUAGUGACUGUGGAAAAGCCUUCACCCAGAAGUCAGCUCUCACAGUGCACCAAAGAAUCCAUACAGGAGAAAAAUCAUAUGUGUGCAUGAAAUGUGGGCUAGCUUUCAUCCAAAAGGCACAUUUGAUUGCACACCAGAUAAUUCAUACUGGAGAAAAACCUUAUAAAUGUGGUCACUGUGGGAAACUCUUUACUUCCAAGUCACAACUCCAUGUACACAAACGAAUUCACACAGGAGACAAACCUUACGUGUGCAGUAAAUGUGGGAAGGCAUUCACCAACAGGUCAAAUCUCAUCACACAUCAGAAAACUCAUACAGGAGAAAAAUCCUAUGUCUGUUCAAAAUGUCGAAAGGCCUUCACUCAGAGGUCAGACCUGAUUACACACCAGAGAAUUCAUACCGGAGAGAAACCAUAUGGAUGCAGUACCUGUGGGAAAGCCUUUACCCAGAAAUCACACCUCAAUAUACACCAGAAAAUUCAUACUGGCGAGAGACAGUAUGAAUGCCAUGAAUGUGGGAAAGCCUUCAAUCAGAAAUCAAUACUCAUUGUUCAUCAGAAAAUUCAUACGGGGGAGAAACCCUAUGUAUGUACUGAAUGUGGAAGAGCUUUCAUCCGAAAGUCAAACUUCAUCACCCAUCAGAGAAUUCAUACUGGAGAGAAACCUUAUGAAUGCGGGGACUGUGGGAAAUCCUUUACCUCCAAAUCUCAGCUCUUGGUGCACCAGCCAGUCCACACAGGUGAGAAACCUUAUGUGUGUGCUGAAUGUGGGAAAGCCUUUAGUGGUAGGUCAAAUCUCAGUAAGCACCAAAAAACUCAUACUGGGGAGAAACCGUACGUCUGUUCUGAAUGUGGGAAGACCUUCAGACAAAAGUCAGAGUUGGUAACACAUCAUAGAAUUCAUACUGGAGAGAAGCCUUAUGAAUGUAGUGACUGUGGGAAAUCUUUCACUAAGAAAUCACAGCUCCAAGUGCAUCAGCGAAUUCACACAGGAGAGAAGCCUUAUGUGUGUGCUGAGUGUGGGAAGGCCUUCACUGAUAGGUCCAAUUUGAAUAAGCACCAAACAACACACACUGGAGAUAAACCUUAUAAGUGUUUAGUCUGUGGAAAAGGCUUUGUUCAGAAGUCAGUGCUCAGUGUGCAUCAGAGUAUUCACACUUAAACGGUAUGAGGAGAAACUCAUUGAGGAAAUGUCUUAUUAUAAUCACUCUAUGAAACAGAAUGCUGUGUAUAUUAUUGUAAAUAAAAAUGCCCAUGUAGCAGUGCCACACAUUACUGCUCAGAAAAGGACCUCAGAGAAGGUGCUGAAUGGGAUUAUGGAGGACAUUUCUACAUGCUGAGAAGAAACUGCAUCAAUUUGAUACAACAUAAACUUUCUCAUGAAAAAAUACAAUGGAACACUGUGUUUACUCCAGAUGAUGAGAAUCCUGUUGGUGGAAUUGGUAUAGUGCCAACAAAUUGAAUAGUAAAACCAUAUAAUAUACAUGACAGCAACAGCCUUCUUUUCUGUCAGCUGUUUGUUGCAUAUAUUAACAGACCUGUGGGUGUGUUUGCAUUCUUGGUUGAAUGUAACGUAUUUGUACAUAUCCAGUGCUUCUGUUGAGAGAGAUAUACUGCAGGAAUGGGUAUGGCAUUUCAUGCUUAUAAUUCCAGCCUUUGGGAAGAACUGAGGCAGGAGGGUCACCAUCAUUCAAGGCUAGUCUGAGCUACAGGGUAAGACCCUGUCUCAAAAAUUAGA